AUGCCGGGCGAUAAAGGUCGCGAUGGAUCACCCGCACGCGACAAGUGGCAGCGCGCGAUCUCCAAGGUUGCCGCGUCGACCGCCAUCGCCGAGGAAACCGCCGCCGGGGAGCGAUUCGCGAGGAUCGUGUUGGAGCGAACCUUCGUGGACACGGUGAACAACGAGCGAGCGUUCCUGGCGGCGUUUGGGCAGAGGAGCCUGCACAACCAGCUGUCGUCGAAGAGCCUCAAGGUGGAUUCGGGGCGGGACCUCGAGACGGAGCUUGAAGAUGCCGGGACCGCCGACGGGGGCGCGCCCUCCACCCCGGGUGUCGACCCGAAUGGAGUGAGCCCACCCGAUGACAAAGCCGAGCGCGUGGCUCGCUUGGUGAAGGUGCAGAAGAGCUUGAAAGGGGACGGAUUCGCCGUGUGCUCGGCGUAUAGCCGUAACUUCGAGUACGACCCGAACCUUACGUUCAAGGUCAGUCAGUUCGCUCGCACCCUGUUCUACGAGUGCAUCCCACCGGGACUCAACUGGUUCGUCUGCGUUGGGACCGAGAUGUUGUUCUUUGAGCACACCUUCAAGGAGGCCACGUGCAGCGCGUCCGCGCGCGGAUUCAUAUUGCCCAUUUUCAUUUUCUUGCCUAUUAAGCCCCUCUUCAAGCGCCUGUGCCAGUUCUUUGGGACCAUGGAGGGGCAGCCGGGCUUUUUCUUCUUCUUCUUUUAUUUCUUCGGCUUCUGGUGUUUCUUUCCGAUAUGCGCAGUGGCGCUCAGCGCGGAAGUCCGAGAGUACAUCGAACCGCUGGAGCUAGUGCCCAUGCUCGUACUGCAAUGCGGUCGCAUGCUAUGCAUCUCUUGCAAGUACGCUCUGCUGCCGGAAUCCUACGUGAACGACCGCUUCGGGAAAAUGUACCGUCCAAUGAAGGUCACCGACAUGGGCCGCACUCUGGUUGCCGGCGGCUGGAACAAGGCCAAAGACGAAGAACACUUCGACAUGCUCAAGAUGGAACUCGAAAACGCCUGCAUCCAGGCCGACGUCGAUCUCAGCAACACGGAAAUCAACGUGGGCAGCGCGGAGGCGGCGGCAGUCAUCAGGUUUCGCUCCCGAGGAAUCGGAGAGCGGUCGAGAGCAAGCGCAGGUAAGGCUCCCGAGGUUGUCUCAGGGAAGGAGUUGCUCGCCGCGCUCACGGAUGUGCACAUGGGCGCUCCGAUGCCUCCAUACAUGGAACCGGGCAUCAUGUUAUUCGCAGUGCUUUUCUCAUUGACGUCGCCGAUCAUGCGGGCCUGGUGCGGGCGACCGAUGUUCGGCGCGACGCAUCUGAGCAAAGCCGCGUCCGCCUUUCUGAUGAUGUACUCAUGGUUCAUCUUCGCAAAUAACAUGACAUUUUCGGCAUCUGGGGCGUGGCACUACAAACGUCAGUACAACGCGAUGUUGGCUCUGAACAACAUGGUGCGCUUCCCAGGUGAGCCUUUGAUUAACUUUUUGCCAGAUGUGCCCCUCGGGCCCAAGGGCAAAGUCUCGCCCGAUCAGGAGCCCGCCGAGCUUAGGCAGCUGCGGCAGAAAGUGGCUCAGAAGCCGGAUUUGGCGUUCAUCGUGGACCUGAAGGACCCCGCGAGUUGCCUGUGCUGGUCGCUGGUGCGAAGAUCACUGAGGCACAUUGGAUCGUCCUGGGGCCGGCGUAUGAAUGCGUACUCGGUCAUAUUCUUGAUGAUGUCGUUCGCGUCCGCGGGCAUGCUGCUGAUGCUCUACUACGGCGCCGACCAAUUCGAUCACAGGCUCGCGACGUCGGGGUCGUUCUACGUGCUGUCCAUCUGCAUAUCCUUCCUUGUUUGUACAACCGUGAUCGAGGCUUCGGCGAUUAAUGAGAUGGUGCCCAAGCUCCGGUCUUGGCUGAAGCGCGAGACCGUGGCCAUUGCGGCACAGAUGGCGUACCUCGACGUUCCGAAGGUUCGAACCGAUGCCGACUGCAAGGAGGAAGAGCAGCUGCGCAGCGCGCACAGGCUGAUCGAGAGCGUCGAGCAGUACAUCCUGGUGGAGGAGGAGCAGAGCGAACCGGUGGAGGUGUUCUUCAAGGUGCACGCCACUCCCGCGGCGGUGACGUUCGUGGUGUCCUCGCUGCUGUCCAUGCUCCUGAUUGCCAUGCAGCGAGGGUUUACCAUGAUGGAUUCGGAGGGGUGGUCGUACAGCGGACCGCAAGGGCAGUUCACGAGGGAUC